AUGUUUAACUGCACAAACAGACCAAAUGGGAAAAUGAAAAAUGGCAAGCUACCCACAUUCAGAACCUCCAUUUUCUCAUCAACCCAUCAUUCAAAACCCUCGGUGCCACACAAUCCUACUUCCCCGCCAGCAGCAACUAGUUACCUUUUGCACCCACCCAAUGCCUAUUGUCUCUCCUCAGCUUUGCAACACUAUAUCAACUCAGACAACCCUUGCCAUGGACAGAAGAUCCAUUCACACAUUCUCAAAACUGGGUUUAGCCCCAAUACCAACAUCUCCAUCAAACUCCUCAUUCUGUAUGUUAAAUCUUCUUGCUUGUCAUAUGCACGCCAGUUGUUCGAUAAGUUGUCUCAACCAACUCUUUCUGCUUAUAAUUACAUGAUUUCUGGAUAUAUUAAACAUGGAUUUGUUGGAGAAUCGUUUGAUUUGGUCCAUAGACUGGUUUUAUCCAAUGAAAAGCCUGAUGGCUAUACGUUUUCCAUGAUUUUGAAAGCAUCUACUGGUGAUAAUGUGUCGUUAAUUCGUAUAGGGAGGGAGGUUCAUGCGCAGAUAGUGAAAUUUGAUGUGGAGACUGAUGAUAUCCUUUACACGGCGCUGGUUGACUCGUAUGUUAAGGGUGGCAGGGUUGGUUAUGCAAGGAGAGUGUUUGAGAUGAUGUUGGAAAAGAAUGUUGUUUGUUCUACAUCAAUGAUCACUGGAUACCUGAAACAAGGCAGUGUUGAAGAUGCUGAGGAUGUAUUCAAGAAAACGGUUGAAAAAGAUGUGGUGGUUUUUAAUGCUAUGAUUGAAGGUUAUAGCAAAUCAAUUGACACUGCUAAGAGGGCGCUUGAGGUUUAUAUUGACAUGCAACGUUUGGAUUUUAGUCCUACGAUAUCAACUUUUGCGAGUAUCAUUGGGGCUUGUUCUGUAUUGUCGGCAUUUGAAAUCGGUCAGCAAGUUCAAGGACAACUUAUGAAGACUGAAUUUUUUACUGACAUAAAAAUGGGAAGCGCUCUAUUAGAUAUGUACUCGAAAUGUGGGAGAACUGAGGAUGCAAGAAGAGUUUUUGACCACAUGCCUGAAAAGAAUGUGUUUUCGUGGACUUCCAUGAUUGAUGGUUAUGGAAAGAAUGGAAAUCCCAAUGAAGCACUCGAGCUGUUCAGCAGAAUGCAAGGAUAUCAUCCCAUUGAGCCCAAUUAUGUAACAUUCCUUAGUGCUCUCUCGGCUUGUGCACAUGCGGGCCUAAUUGCUAGAGGGAGAGAGAUCUUUGAGAGCAUGCAGAGAGAUUACUCAGUAAAACCAAGGAUGGAGCAUUAUGCUUGCAUGACUGAUCUCUUGGGCCGUUCAGGAGGUUUAAAUGAGGCACUGGAGUUCAUAAUGGAAAUGCCCGAAAGACCUAAUUCUGAUGUUUGGGCGGCUCUGCUAAGUUCUUGUAGAAUUCAUGGUGAUGUAGAGAUUGCAAAUAUAGCAGCCAAUGAACUUUUCAAAUUAAGUAGUGAUAGCAGGCCAGGCGCAUAUGUUGCGCUAUCCAAUACUUUAGCGGAGGCUGGGAGAUGGGACAAUGUAAGUGAAAUCAGGGAGUUAAUGAAGGGAAGAGGGAUAUCUAAAGAUACUGGCUUCAGUUGGAUCGGGACCGAUGAUGGUUUAGAAGCUUUCCAUUUUGGACAAAGAUCUAAUUAAUUUAUGUUCGAGAUCAGGG